UGUGAAGAUUUAUGUUGAAUUUUUGGUAUGUGAGCUAAAAAGUAGUUAAAAAUAAAAUAAAAAAUAUUGAAUUGGCAAGCAGGCAGGCAAGCUUGAGACAAAUGAAUCGGCUCAUCCAAGGAAACAGAAUUUACAAGGUGUUAUCACGCCCGCUGCUUAUUAUUUUUUUCACUUGCACUCAAAGCCAAGGGCGCCCAAUGUGCGAUUUCGUCCAGAUCAAAUCAAAGAAAUGCUACUUUUUAAAUUCGUCCAUUUUUUCUACUUGCUUGUUGUUGAGCAGUGGGAGUCGAACCAAAGAUCAAUCAGCGGAAAGCGCGUAAAUUAUUCUAUUUAUUCGCAUACUUUUUGGCGAAUUCUACUUUUGCUUUGGAACGCGGGGGUGAAGCGAAGUUGCAAAUUUUUUAAGCCAAGAGGCAGCAGG